AUGCAGCUUGUCACAGCUCUCUUGGCCAGCCUCCUGCUGCAAUUCCUGGUGCUCCCAGGACAAUCCCAGCUGGUGGAAAGAAUGCCAGGCUCUGUGGAUCAGGGUGGCAGAUGUCAUUGUGUGGUCCACCUGCCCAGUAAUGCCAUCCCCCUGCAGCAACUGGAGAAGCUACAGAGGACAGCCCAGGAGCUCAUAGGCAAGUAUGAGCAGGAGCUCUCCAGGGUCAGCGAGAACCCAGGCAUCAUUGACUAUCAUGAUAAUCAGGCCCUGGAAAUGACCUACAAGCUACAAUCCAGGUCUGCCAGUGCUUCUCCUGCUUUCUAUGAAGCCCCUGCCUUCAAACUACUUGGCCUGCAGCUGGAGGGAGCACAGCAGUUGGUGACUCAACUUAAGGCCAAGGGAGGAGUGAGUGGCUCUGAGAACCUCCUCAAUCAACUCCAAGGCCAGGUGGCAAAUGCGAGCUUCACCCUCAAGCUUCUAGGUGAUUCUGACAAGCAGAGCUUCCGUGCCCUGCACCAGGAGGUGGAUGUCCUUGAGGGCCGACUGAGCGAGUGUGAGAGGGACAGGAAGCAAGGACAGACCUCCAGCCACCGGAGUCCACCCCUGAUUCCCGGUUCCUGUGCCCAUGGAAUCCUCCAGAAAGUCAGCAGACCUCUUGUGGUACACCUCAAUUGGAGAGGCUUCUCAUACAAGACAGGUGCCUGGGGCCGAGACUCAGCUCCUAAUUCAGUAUCCCCCCUCUACUGGGUGGCUCCUCUGCACAGAGGCGGCAGAUACUUUGACUACUACCGGCUGUAUAAGUCCUUUGAUGACCUGGUGCUGCUUAAGAACUAUGAGGAGAGGAAGAUGGGCUACGGUGACGGCAGCGGCAAUGCUGUGUACAAGAACUACAUGUACUUUAACUACUAUGGAACAGGAGAUAUGGCCAAGGUGGACCUUACCUCUAACACCUUGGUUCUGCGGCGACCGCUGCCUGGUGCUACUUACAACAACCGAUUCUCCUACACUGGCGUGCCCUGGAAGGACAUAGAUUUUGCUGGUGAUGAGAAAGGGCUGUGGGUGCUCUAUGCCACUGAGGAGAGCAAGGGUAACCUGGUCGUGAGUCGCCUCAAUACCAGCACCCUAGAGGUGGAGAAAACCUGGCGCACCAGCCAGUUCAAGCCGACCUUGUCAGGGGCUUUCAUGGCCUGUGGGGUGCUCUAUGCCUUGCGCUCACUGAGCACUCGCCAAGAGGAGAUCUUUUAUGCAUUUGAUACAACCACUGGGCAGGAGCACAGUCUCAGCAUCACCCUGGACAAGAUGCUGGAAACCCUGCAAGGCAUCAACUACUGCCCCUCAGACCACAAACUCUAUGUGUAUAAUGAUGGAUAUCUGAUCAAUUAUGACCUCACUUUCCUGACCCUGCAGCGCCAGCUACCAAGAACACCAGUCAAAAGACCCUUUGGGGUCCAUGCCCCACCCAAACCUGUCAAAACCAACCAACCUGUUACAGCCUUCAGUCCCUAA